AUGCCGAGAAUCUGGUCUCGAUGUGGGGCCUGCAUAGUCUUAAAUAGAGGAUGCAAUCCACAGUGCAUCUUUGCUUCUUACUUUAGUCAUGCGCAAGGUGAUAUUUAUUUUGUUGUCAUCCAUUAUGUUUUUGGUGCUAGAAAUGUUUCCAAUCUCCUAGCCCAGCUUUCGUUAGGUGACCGGUUUAGGGCUGCAGAUACAUUCUUCUUUGGAGCUAAAGUCUGGCUUCAGGACUUUGUCUAUGGUUGUGUAUCCGACAUUCUUGCCCUUCAACAGCAGGAUUUUAAUCGAAGUAAGAAGCUUGGGAAGCGUGAGGUGGUUCUGAGGGUGGGCAAUGGGACAACAAUUGUUGCAUUAGGUAUAGGAACUACUUCUCUUGGUGAACAAAGCUACAUUGUUUUUCGUAUGUUGGGUGCAACCAUUGUCCAAAACCAUGAUUCUUGA